AUGCCGCCCACAUCCGAGCUCCUAGGGCUUGAGACGACGAUGCCGCAAAUUGAGGGGGUGGGGGAGCCAUCAAACCCACACUUGGACCCGUUUUUCACCUCCUCCCUCCCGCCCUUUCCUGCGGUUCCCUUAGACUCUUCGCCGCCGCUUGCUGCUGCUCCUCCCCCUCCGCCUCCGCAUUCAUUCCCCCCGCCUCCUCCCCCUGACACCUCCUCUCCAGCUUCCGAGUUUCCCCCACCUCUCCCUCCCCCGAACGUCCUUCUCGCCUCUCCUCCGCCUAACCCUCCGCCCUUUCCCCCGCAGUCACCACCUCCCCCGGAUCCACCCUCCCCUGGUGGGGGGAAUGUGAGUCAACCCAGCGGCCCAGGCAGCAGCUUCCCCCUGUGUAACCCGUCACCCAUCCGGUGUGUGUUCAGGUUCGUGGGGUAUGAAGACAGAGUGCCAACGCUGGACAUUAGCAGUGCUCUGGCAGAGGAGGUGAUCAGUCCUGCGCUGGUGGUGUUACGCGGUAACCAGACUCGUCGCGUGGUGGCGGCGAACAGUGGAGAGGGGAGGUCCAUUUGCGUUCAUGUGCCUGAUGAGGUUUACCAUGCGACAAGGAGUCAGUUCUACGCCAAUGGAGAGAUCGACGAAAUGGCCGACGCACAAGGCGCGUUCGUCACGCGAGCAUUCGAGAAGCUUCUGCGAGAAUCCACGGGACGGAAGUUCCAGAAGCUACACCAGGCGCUUAAAGCUUAUAUAGAUCGACCAAAAGGGGAGCAUUUGGUUCUGGUCACAUCAGCAUCACGGGUUGAUCCUCGCUAUGGGUUGCCUCAGACAGACGAACCAGGAGCGGCGGAGAUCGUGCCGCAGCCACAGCAGCCGGCGGGGACGAUUCCGCUGGAGCCCGCGGGCAGCGGGGAGGGCAGCGGUCGCGCGCACCCGAACACGGCGAACGCGGCGAAUGUGACGGCGGCGGCGGCGAUGGCGGAGGCGGGGCACUCGCUGGAAGGCGUGGAGGCGGAGCUCAUUCUGUGCCCGCUGCGGCUGGCCAUAGAGAGCAAGCAGAGCCGCCUCAUGGAGACGGCGCUUGACUGCCUGCACAAACUGAUAUCGUACGGUCAUUUGGAGGGCGACUGCGGGCUGGAGGGCGGCAAGAACAACAAAGUGCACACGGAGAUCUUCCAGCUCGUGUGCUCCUGCGCCGACAACACUGCACUUGACAGCGUGGUGCUGCAGGUCAUCAAAGUCAUCCUUACUGCCAUCGCCUCUUCCACUUUCCAAGUGCAUGGAGAGUGCCUGAUUCUUGCCCUGCGCACGUGCUACAACAUUGUGCUCACCAGCAAGAGCCAGGUGAACCUGUCAACAGCCAGGGGCACGCUCACUCAGAUGCUCAACAUCGUCUUCAAACGCAUGGAGGCAUCAGAGCUAGCUCGCACUCGCAUGCGCAGAGGGCCCCUCAGCGGCCCCACGCCUACCCCAUCCCUACCAAGCCCAAUCGAUUCAACUGAACCCUCCUCCCUCCAACUCCCAUCUCACCCCUUCCGUCACCCACAUGUGCAGAGCACCCCUCAGCGACCCCACGCCUACCCCACCCCCACCAAGCCCUCCGGGGAGGGGCCUUCUUCGGACGAACCUGCUACUGCCGCUGCUGGUGACGCUGCUGCUGGCGGUGAUGCUGCUGCUGAUGCUGCUGCUGGCGGUGAUGCUGCUGCUGAUGCUGCUGCUGGCGGUGAUGCUGCUGCUGCUGCUGCUGCUGCUGCUGCAAUGGAGGGCACAGAAGGGAAGGAGGGAGGCGGGGAGGGAGAGGAGGAGGGGGAGGUUGAGGGCAACGUGGAGAUGGACGAGAGAGCUGGAGUACACGAGGAGCUAAAAGUCCUGGAAGGGCCACAGCCCAGUAUAGAGGCUCUAGAUGCUGUGCUAAGUAAAGCACUUAGGCCGCAGGGAGGGGGUGCAGGUGGGGAUGCUGCUGGAGGUGGUGGUGGUGAGGGUGGUGAAGGGGAGGGGGGUGCUGGGACAGCAGAGGGGAGUGGAGAGGAGGGAGCUGGGGCCACUCCUGCUGCGCCAAAGGGCAUCGAUCUGAGCCUGCUGGCACUGGCACAGCGGGACGCGCUGCUGGUGUUCCGCACGCUGUGCAAGAUGGCCAUGAAGGACGGCACCGAGGACCUCGUUCUGCGCACCAAGGCGCUUUCACUCCAGUUGCUGCAGGGUCUGCUGGACUCAGUGAGCCGCGAGUUCACGCUCAACUUCGCCUUCCUCGACUCCAUCAAGAUGUACCUCUGCUACGCGCUCGUACGCGCCGCCGUCUCCCCCUCCGACCGCAUCCACGGCCUAGCCUGCUCCAUCUUCGCCACGCUCAUCCAGCGCUUCCGCGAGUCCCUUAAAGCCGAGAUCGGGCUCUUCUUCCCCCUCGUCGUCCUCCGGUCACUUGACUCCCCGGAUAUCACCCCCACCCAACGCCUGGGUCUGCUGAGGGUGCUAGAGCGGCUCACAGCCGAACCACAGCUACUAGCGGAUGUUUUCGUGAACUACGACUGUGAUUUGGACGCGUCGAAUCUGUUUGAGCGUAUGGUCACGUCUCUGGAGCGGCUUGCGCAGAUGCCUGUGGUGGGGAUUGCGGGCGGGGGGCAAGGGGCAGGGGGAGCGGGUGCGGGAGGGGAGGGAGGGGCGGCGCUGGUAGCAGCGGUGAAGCUAGCGGCGUUGCAGUGCUUGGUGAACGUGGUCCAUGCGUUGGAUGCGUGGUAUGGGAAGGAUAAGCCGCCUGUGCCGGUUGGUGCGGCGGGUGGGGAGAAGGAGGAGGAAGGGGACGAGUGGAAGGCGGAUGGGUUGGGAGUGGUGGAGGAGGAGGAGGAGGAGGAGGAGGAUGAGGAGGAGGAAGAGAGGGAGGGGCGGGUGGCGAAGUGGGCGGCAGCAGAGUCCCAGGCGGAUCAGUUUGGGCGGGCCAAGGCGCAGAAGGCAGCGUUUGAGACAGCUGUGGAAAAGUUCAACAUGAAGCCGGAGAAGGGGCUGGCGUUCCUGCGGACACGAGGGCUGCUGGCUGCUGAUGCUGCUGCCACGGCUGAGUUCCUGCGCUCCACCCCUGGGCUCGAUAAGACGGCCAUAGGGGACUACCUGGGCCAUCACGACGACUACCACCUGGCAGUGAUGCACGCCUAUGUGGACGGCAUUCCCUUCCACAGCACCUCCUUCGACCACGCCAUCCGCACCUUCCUCAAGGGCUUCCGCCUCCCGGGGGAGGCGCAAAAGAUCGAUCGCAUCAUGGAGAAGUUUGCAGAGAAAUACUGCAAGGACAACCCGGGAGUAUUUAAGACAGCAGACAGCGCGUACGUGUUGGCCUACGCAGUGAUCAUGCUCAACACAGACGCACACAACCCCGUGGUGACCGCCAAGAUGACCAAAGCCGACUUCGUGCGAAUCAACUCAUCCCUCGAGGGCGAGGAGAGCGCGUCUAAGGAGCUCCUAGAGGCCAUUUAUGACUCAAUAGUCUCCGAGGAGAUUAAACUAAGGGAUGAUGGCGGUCCGGGGGGUGCUGGAGGGGGUGGAGCGGGCGGGGCAGGCGGGAAGGAGAAAGGGCAGCUGGUAACCGUGCUGAAUCUGGCAUCGGGGCAUAAACGCAGCACGGUGGAUGUGCGGAAGGAGAGUCACGAUAUAAUCAAGCGAACGCAGGCGAUUGUGAGGAGAGGGCGGGUGCAGCGCGGGGUGUUUCACUCCGCUGCCCAUGCUGACCUCGCUCGGCCCAUGCUGGAGGCGGUAGGAUGGCCUCUGGUCGCCACGUUUGCUGUGACCAUGGAGGAAGGUCCGUCGGUAGAGAGUGCCGCUGCAGUGGCUGCUCUAGCGGCAGGGGGUGGGGGGCCGAAGAGUCUGGUGGUGGUGUGCAUGGACGGGCUCCGCUGUGCGAUUCACCUGGCGUUUCUCCUGGGCAUGGAGACUCUCCGCUACGCCCUCCUGACCUCGCUCGUCCGCUUCACUUUCCUGCACGCGCCGAGGGAACUCCGGGUGAAGAACCUAGAGGCGAUCCGGACGCUGCUGGCGAUAGCAGAGCAGGAGCCAGAGGCGCUGCAGGACACGUGGAAUGCUGUGCUGGAAUGCGUGUCCAGGCUGGAGCAUGUUGCCACGUCACCUGCCAUGCUGGCGGUGCUGGGCGCGCCGCCCGUGCCGCCGGCGGUGAGGGAGGCGUUGUUGGGCGGUGUGGAGGAGCUGGCGGGGAAACCACUGGAGCAGGUGUUUGUGGUGAGCUCGCGCCUGCCCUCAGACGCCGUGGUAGAGUUCUUCAUCGCUCUCUGUGGUGUGUCCGCAGAGGAGCUCCGCCAGUCGCCCCCGCGGGUGUUCUCACUGCAGAAGAUCGUGGAGAUCUCCUACUACAACAUGACGCGCAUUAGAAUGGUGUGGGCGCGCAUCUGGUCGGUGCUGGCGGUGCAUUUCAUCACGGCCGGGCAGAACCCCGACGAGCACGUCGCCAUGUACGCCGUCGACUCCAUCCGCCAGCUGGCGCUGAAAUACUUGGAGCGCGCUGAGCUGGCGCGCUUCACGUUCCAGAACGACAUCCUGAAGCCGUUUGUGGUGCUCAUGCGCACGAGCCGCAGCGAGAAGACGAGGGAGCUCAUCGUGCAGUGCGUUGUUCAGAUGAUAAAGGUGAAGGUGGGUGGCAUCAAGAGCGGGUGGCGCAGUGUGUUCAUGGUGCUCACUACUGCCGCCACUGACACCCAUGAGCCCAUUGUGGACAGCGCCUUUGAAACUGUGGAGCAGGUGGUGCUCGAGCAUUUCGAGCAGGUGAUAGGAGACUGUUUCAUGGACUGUGUCAACUGCCUCAUGGCCUUCGCCAACAACGUCCUCGUCCCCCGCAUCUCUCUCAAAGCCAUUGCACUCCUCCGAAUCUGCGAGGACCGUUUAGCAGAGGGCCGCGUCCCGGGAGGCGCCCUGCGCCCUGUGAACGAAGGCGAGAAGAUGAGUGACAAUGAGGUGGCGGAAUAUUACUGGUUCCCGAUGCUCGCCGGGUUGUCCGAGCUGACUUCCGACCCUCGCCCGGAGGUUCGGAGCUGCGGCGUGGAGGUUCUGUUUGAUCUGCUUCGGGAGAGGGGGCACAAGUUUUCGACGCGGUUCUGGGAGAGUGUGUUUGAGAGGGUGCUGUUCCCUAUCUUUGACUAUGUGCGGCACGCCGGCACGGAUGGGGAGAGGCCUCCCCCCACGGACCUCUGGCUGCGAGACACGUCUAUUCACUGCCUGCACCUGCUCUGCGACCUCUUCUGCGACUUCUACAAGGACGUGGCCUUCAUCCUGCCGUCCCUGCUCGGCCUCCUCCUCGACUGUGCCACGCGCCCCGACCAGUCACUGGCGGCCAUAGCGGUGGGCGCUCAGCUGAGGCUCAUCGACAGGGGGGCGCCACUCUUCUCCUCCCGUGACUGGGCCGUGCUGCUGGACAGCCUCAGAGUUGCCACGCUAACCACUAGGCCCACCGAGCUUCUCGCAAUCACUGAAGCCUCUCUUGCUGCCUCUGCCGCUGCCGCCGCCACCGCCGCUGCUGCUGCUGGCGACACCGCUGCUGCCACCGCCGCCACUGCAGCAGCCACUGCUGAGCUGUCAUUAGACAACGCUGUGCUGGAAUCUGGCGCUGCUGACCUGGCGGAUCACGCAUCAGGCUCGGCGAUCCGUACCAAGAUUCCCACUGGUGAUGUGGCGACGAGCCUGAUGGGUCCGAACCUGAGUGAGAGGUUCGUGGCCGCGCCUGGAGGUGUGACUGUAACUGAAGUAGUGACUGCAGUGGAUGUGACUGCAACGAAUGGAGGGGCGGAGGGAGGAGGGGAGGGAGGAGAGGAUAACGGGGUGGUGGACAGGAGUGGGGCGGAUGAGGAGGCGAGCGGUGGGGAGGGGAAGGGCGAGGACGACGGGAAGGUGGAAGGAGAGGGGUUGGUGAACGGUGAGGGGACUGCCAUCAAGCCUUCAGCAUCAGCCGAGGGCGACAACUUUGGCAAGCGCCUGAUGGACACGCUGCUGCUGCGCAACCUCUCCAUGGCGCUGGGGGGCGCGCCCACGCCCGCUGCUGGGGGGAGCGGCAGCAUCUGGUCGCGUGCGUCCAACGCAAGUGACGCUGCCCUGGCCUCUGCUGUGGAAUCCGAGGAGCAAGGUGAGGGGGCCAAGGAGGAGGAGGAGGAAGAAGAGGAGGACGAGGAGGCAUCCGCAUUCCCCGUGGCAGACCCUGUGCGGGUGAAGUGCUACACGCAGCUGCUGCUGCUGGGGGCGCUCAAUCAACUGCAGGAGAAGCACUGGCAGCGGCUGCGGGCAGCGCACCGGCGGCAGCUGUUGGACUGCAUCGCCACCAGCAUUGACUUCGCCGCCCGCUUCAACUCUGACACGCACCUCCGCAUGCGCAUCCAAAUGCUGCCGCCCGAACGUCCUCCCCCAUCCCUGCUACGACAGGAGGUGACAGCAACGCAGCUGUACCUGAUUGUGCUGCUGCGCUGCCUCAACGACCCCACUCUCUCCCUCCUCCCGUCCAUGCCUUGUCCCCCAACCCUCAGGGCCCCACCCCUGCAUUUCUCUCCGAGCAGUCCUCCCCUGUCCCUCCUUCGCCAGGAGGUGACAGCAACGCAGCUCCCUCCCCCAUCCCUGCUGCGCCAGGAGGUGACAGCAACGCAGCUCUACCUGAUCGUGCUGCUGCGCUGCCUCAAUGAAUCAGCAUUCUCCCCCCUCCCUACCAUACCUUCUCCCCCAACCCCCACCCCUGCGUUCCGCUCCACACAGCCCUCCCCCGUCCCUGCUAUGCCAGGAGGUGACAGCAACGCAGCUCUACAUGCGCUGGCUCAACGACCUGUUCUCCCCCCCUCCCUCCUUGCCUUGUUCCCACCCCAACCCCCACCGUACCCCCGCUUUUCCCCUCCAAGCAGCCCGCCCCCAUCCCUGCUGCGCCAGGAGGUGACAGCAACGCAGCUCUACCUGAUUGUGCUGCUGCGCUGUCUCAACGACCCGGCAGCAGCGCUGCUGCCACCAGCCCUCUCCUCCCAGAUGCUGCUGCAGUCGGGGGCAGCCCACGGGGACGGCGCAGGGGAGGGGGAGGAGCAUGUGCAUGGGAAGCCAACCCCUUUAGCAGCAGCAGCAGGAGUGGAGAGAGCAGCAGCAGGAGUGGAGAGAGCAGCAGCAGCAGCAGGGGUGGGAGAAAACGGGGGAGCUGUGGCGAAGGGGGGAGCAGCAGGGGGUGGGGGAGAGCGAGAGGGGGGUGAGGAAGAGGAGGAGGAGAGGAGGCGGUUGGGGGAGGAGGCAGAGGAGCAGCUGCUUCGGGUGUGUGGGAGGGUGCUGGAGAUGUCGUCUCGUCUGCAGCCCAACACAGGGCAGGCCGUAGAGGCCGAGGUGCAUCGCCUGCUAGCGCUGCGGGCGCCUGUUGUUGCCAGAGUACUGUCAGCGCUGAGUCAGAUGGACGUGGCUCGCUUCGAGCGCUUUGUGCCGCACCUUUACCCACACUGCACCCGUCUCAUCUGCUCCGACCAGGUGGAGGUGAGAAAGGCUCUUGGGGAUCUCUUCAAGGCUCGCCUCACUCCUCUUAUUCCAGGCUCCGAUGCACCUUCCCCUCCCAUGACGGCUUCCGCGUAA